CAAGCAUAUUACCAAAUUUACUUAUCAAUAACAAAAGAAAACUCUUCUUCAACAGUUUUGUUGUGCUUGUUGUUCAGCCGGGAAUUCUUGGAUGGCUCCUUUCACUUUGUUUAUUUCAUUUCUUCUCACUAAUCUUGCUGUUCUUCACUCUGCUGAAGAAGAGAAAAUCCACACAAGUUGUUCCCCCUACUACUUUUGUAAUGAUCAAAUAGGCAGCAUCUCUUUCCCUUUCAGAUAUAAGGAACAUCCUCGUGAAUGCGGAUUGUAUUCUGUUGAUUGUUCUGAACCUCCGAAGAUCCAACUCAAAGAGGGAGGAUACUGGCAUGAAUUUGAAAGCUUAUCUCUGUCGAAUAAGAUCAUCUCGAUCAAUGACAAAGAGCUUCAGCAGCGACUGGAAAGAGAUUCCUGCGAUGAUGAAAGCCUCGACUAUUUAAGUCUUCCCGGCCCUUCUCCAAUAUCUGAUGUGUCCACCCCAUCCAAUCUCACCCUGUUCAAAUGCAGCAACACGCCGAACCCAACUAAUCCGGAUCUUGAACUCUGCUGCAGAGGUGCUUCCCAUACCUAUUAUUAUAAUUCUUCCAAUCAGACACCAAUACCUCCUCCGCUGUGUUCAGUUGUUCAGCUCCCCCGUCUUCCGGGUUGGUAUCCUUUGAAUCAACAUCACUCUAACCUCACUGUUAACUUCACCGUUCAAGUGACAGUAUCCAAAAAAUGUUCUAAAUGCUAUGAUAGAGGAGGCAUAUGCCUGGCACACGAGGGAGAAUCUGAUUGUUCAGUCGCACUAAAAGGAGGUCAGAUAUGGAGAUUGAAGCUAGGACUAGCAGGUGCAGUGGCUGGCAUUGUGGCUCUAGUGGUUAUUUCUUGCUGCUUCUUUUGGACGAAGAAACGGCAAGAUCGUCUAAAUGUUGAGGUCUUUCUAAGGAACUACGGGCCACUUCAAGUUAAAAGAUACAGCUAUUCGGAUGUCAAGAAAAUGGCCAACUCCUUCAAGAAAAAGUUGGGACAAGGGGGUUAUGGUGGUGUAUACAAAGGAGAGUUAAAAGAUGGCCGUCUUGUAGCAGUGAAGGUCUUGAACAGAUCAAAAGGUGAUGGAGAAGAAUUUAUGAACGAGGUCGCAGCCAUUAGUAGAACUUCCCAUGUCAAUAUUGUCAGCUUGUUGGGAUUUUGUUUUGAGGGUUCAAAAAGAGCUCUCAUCUAUGAAUUCAUGCCUAAUGGAUCUCUUGAGAAGUUCAUAUUUGAUGCAGAUAACCCCCAAAAAGAUCAUCACUUGGGAUGGGAAGCAUUAGAUAGAAUUUCAAUUGGCAUUGCUCGAGGACUGGAGUAUCUACAUCGUGGCUGCAACACAAGAAUUUUGCAUUUCGACAUUAAGCCUCACAACGUUCUUCUUGACGAGAACUUCUCACCGAAAAUCUCUGAUUUUGGCCUUGCCAAAAUAUGUGACAGGAAGGAGAGUAUUGUAUCGAUGUUGGGUGCAAGAGGUACUGCUGGAUACAUUGCUCCAGAGGUGUUCUGUAGAAACUUUGGAGGGGUCUCCCACAAAUCCGAUGUGUAUAGUUAUGGAAUGAUGCUUUCGGAGAUGGUUGGAGGAAGAAGGAACAUCAAUGUUCAAGCUGAUAAUAGUAGUGAGAUAUACUUUCCACACUGGAUUUACAAGCGUCUUGAAUUGGAUCAAGAACUUGGCCUACAGAGCAUCGUGAAUGAGGAAGACAAACUAAGAGCAAAGAAGAUGAUAAUCGUGAGUUUGUGGUGCAUACAAACUGACCCUUCAAACAGGCCAGCCAUGAAAGAAGUCAUAGAAAUGUUGGAAGGGAAUGUGGAGUCCUUGCAAAUGCCACCUAAGCCUUACUUAUCUUCUCCUCCUAAAUCCCCUGCGGUGACAGAUUCUUCUACUACAUUGGUUUCAAUACAAUAGUACGUACUCUGCAUUUAUAUUUUGACUGAAGGCAUCAAUCUGUAUAAUGAUUCAAUGAACAAUAUUUCAAUGAACUAUCUGCGAGUGUUUUCAUCAGGUGACAAUACUGUCUCAUUAUCUAGGCACUUAUUUUCUAUUGUAACAACUGUUGAAGGAAAAUCAAGUUUAGUGUGCCUUAUCAAACUAGGAAUAGGAAUAGGAGAGAAGGUUCUAGAUUUCCCAAUCCUACACGGAUUGGUAUUCCU